GCUCGCUUCUGAUCACGGGAUCGUUGUUAAUCAUCGUUAUCGGUGUACCACGAAACCGUCAACCGAUUCAUAGCGACGAGAAACCGAUAUUAUUGUCGCACAGUGAGUGUUGGGUAGCGCCCGAACAAGUAUUUUGGAAGAAUCAUCGCGGAAGUAUCAUCUUUGUCGCCGUCGUCUUCAUUGUCGUCGUCAUCGUGCAAACUAAGAGCCUGGUGUUUGCCGAAAGAUUGCGCGCAACAGUGUUGAUUUUCCCCAACUACCAAUAAGAAGAACAUAGCGAACCACUCUAUAUCUCUGUGUUGAAAGCGGCACGCAAGUAUACACUUAUACACACAGUGUCUUCUCUUCGCUUCGCGACAACCUACUCGAGGCAGGGGAUCCUCCAAUCGGAAAUUGCAGAAACUUGGUAUUUCCUUCUACAUUUUCAUUUAGCGUUCGUAUUCGUAGCGAUUCACGAAUAACGAACUAACGGAUAUAUCGUUUCCGUAUCGUGUCGCGUGUGCGUAGAGCGCGUGUCAAGCGUGCAAUGAACGGCAACGGCAGACCUCAUGGAGAGAAUAGAGGACGAAAUGGCCACGUGCUUGUGUGGGAACAACCUGGCCUGGAGGAAGAGGAAUCACCUGCGCGAAUGCGUAAAACAUUGGUGGGGUCGCGUCACAUAGUGACUCUGAUGCUGUUCUUCGGUAUGGCGAAUGCCUAUGUGAUGAGAACUAAUAUGUCGGUGGCGAUCGUCGCUAUGGUCAAUCACACUUCCAUCACGGAGAGCAAGGAACCUGUGGUGAACGAGUGCGGCCACGAUGGGAAUGCGAGCAACGAUUCUUCCACCUUGGCCAACCAUGACGGAGAGUUUCAUUGGGACAGCACCAUGCAGGGUUACUUGCUCAGCUCGUUCUUCUACGGUUACGUCAUCACGCAAAUACCAUUCGGAAUACUCGCGAAACGUUACGGAUCGAAAUACUUUCUUGGCAUCGGUAUGCUGAUCAAUUCGAUGUUUGGACUGCUGGUCCCUGUGUCCGCACGUGCCGGUUACCAUUGGCUGAUGAUCGUUCGAUUUAUUCAAGGUUUGGGCGAGGGUCCUAUUGUGCCUUGCACACACGCGAUGCUGGCCAAGUGGAUACCGCCUAACGAACGUAGUAGAAUGGGAGCCUUCGUAUACGCUGGCGCUCAAUUCGGUACUGUUAUUUCAAUGCCCUUGAGCGGUGUCCUGUCCCGGCAUGGAUUCGACGGCGGUUGGCCGUCCAUCUUUUACGUGUUCGGCGCCGUCGGCACCAUCUGGUGCAUAGCAUUUCUUCUAAUGAUCUACGAGGAUCCGGAAAGCCAUCCUCGUAUAGCCGAGGAUGAGAAGAAAUACAUACUGAGCGCCUUGUGGGGCAACGCUGGAGCCUCCUCUCCACCAGUACCGUGGUUUUCGAUCGUCACGUCGUUGCCGUUCUGGGCCAUCCUUAUCGCGCACAUGGGGCAGAAUUACGGAUACGAGACGUUGAUGACCGAGCUGCCGACAUUCAUGAAGCAGAUCUUGAACUUCGACAUUGAAUCGAACGGCACCGUCUCCGCCCUCCCCUACCUGGCCAUGUGGAUAUUCUCCAUGCUGAUCUCUCACGUGGCUGACUGGAUGAUCUCCAGCGGCAGAUUCAAUCACACGUUCACGCGAAAAAUCGUGAACAGUAUAGGUCAGUUCGGGCCUGCGAUCGCCCUCGCAGCCGCUUCGUACACGGGAUGCAAUUCCUGGUUGACGGUGACCAUUCUGACGAUCGGCGUUGGAUUGAACGGCGGUAUAUAUUCCGGGUUCAAAGUGAAUCAUUUGGACAUCUCGCCAAGAUUUGCAGGGAUCUUGAUGUCCUUUACCAAUUGUUUGGCCAAUUUGGCCGGUUUAUUGGCGCCCAUCACGGCCGGAUACAUUAUCGUUGGGCCGCCAACUCACGCGAAGUGGAGGCUCGUCUUUAUGAUCUCGGCCGGUGUUUACAUCGCUUGUGCCACGUUCUACGUGAUAUUCGGCUCGGGACAGCGGCAACCGUGGGACAAUCCUGACAAGGACGAAGAGAGGCAGCAACACGAGAAACAAGACUUGCGAUGCGUUAAAACGGUUUCGGAAACGCAACAUUGACGGGACGGCGGCGUGCUUAGCUAUCUCUUCUCCUCCACGUGUUUUUUUUUUUUUUCCAUUCUGUGUCAAUCUCAUUUCCUUUCUCAUUUUUUUUUCUUUUUUUCAACGCGUUUCGAUCAUCUCCUUCGCUUCUUCUCUCCUCCGUAUCGAUCGCGUAUUAUUGUAUAUUUAUACCUCGGUCGGUAAUCUCGCUGAUGAUUGAAGAAAUUUGAUUUGGUGAAAAAUCAAAAUGAGAGAAAAAAAAGAAAAGAAAAGAAAAGAAAGAAAAAAAAGCAUCGGAGUCAGUCGGAGUCGUGUCGUUACAUGAAUCCAUUGAACGUUAGACGAAAUCCUAGAUGCGAGAAAGAAGAAAAUUAAUAUUAUUUUCGUGCGAAUUGCACUCGCGACGAAAUUCUUCUUCGCUUCGUAUGUUGAAACGCACGCAGAUAUUUUUUUUUUUUUUUUUUUUUUUUUUUUUUUUGCUCGUGAGAGAUAAAAUCGAAUCGAAAAUCACGAUCCUACGUCAACCAUGGAUAAAAUUAAAAAAAAGACACGUGUCUUUAGAUAUGUACACACACACACACACACACACAUAUACACAUGCGCUUGCUCGCAGUGUACAGUUUGUACGGGAGACACGGGGAAGAAGGAGAGAAUGAUAAGCGUGUGAUGAGAAAGUGAGCGAACGAAAAAUAGAAAGCAAGAUAUAAUUUUACAUUUUUUUUUUUUUUUUUAUAGUAUCUUCCUUUUUUCUUUUAAUUUAAUUAAACCGAAAUUACGUGCCUUUCGAUCAAAGAUAUGUAACAAAGAUCAAAUCGACACGUUAAUUUCCAUCGUUACAUCCACGAUGUAGAAACGGAAGGAACGAUCGAUCCGAAUUUUCAUUUUUCUUAUUUUUAUUGUGAAUUGUAAAAUUGUUGAAUUUAUGGAUCGCGCAUUCCUUCCUCCACUUUUCUUUUUUUCCUUGAUCAAAAGUAACGUUCGAUGUUCAUAGACACAGUCAAUCAGUGUGUUAGCGCACAAAGUGCGACGCGUUCGAAACGCAAACGUCCGUUUAAUAUAUAUACAUAUAUAUAUAUUAUACCAUUUAUUACGAGGAAACGGAGAAAUACGAUAAAUACAGUAUUAGAGAAAAAAAAAUAUCCUCGCAUCUCUUCGGUCUUCGUCUUCGUUCGUUUAAUAACUUGCCAUAUGUUAUAGCGAGCAAACUGCCAUUUUGUAUUGUUAGACCGACAUCGAUCGCGAAAUAAAAAAAUAUGGCGAAUCGAUUGCGUAAACAUUCGAGGAAGAAUUUUUGAUUCGUUGAUCGAUGAACAUGGCGCAAUACAAUAAUGGUAAUUAUAAAUAUUGUACAUACUUUUACGUAUAGGUUUCUAUUCGAAUUGCACGACUUGGACAACUUUUUUUUUUUUGCUCCUCCUCUUAUUUAUGCAAAUGUGUACAAAAUGAAUGGAAUGAAAGGAUACGAAGAAAGAGAAAAAGACAGAAAAAAAAGAGAGAGUGAGAGAGAGGGAGAGAAAGAUAGAGAGAGAGUAGUGUUAAGCGUGUUAGAGAAAACAU